AUGCCCAAUCCCACGCUCAAGGCCAUGGCAUGGCCCAUAGCCGUUGGCGAGGGACCGAGCAUCCUGAUCGUUGGGGCUGGCAUGGGCGGCCUCUGCCUGGCCCUAGACCUCGACCGGCGCGGGUUGACCAACUGGAUGGGGAUGUCGAUGCGACACUCGGCGCAUCUGAAUCCUGCAUGGAGCGAGACACAUCCGGAGCGUGCUGAGAUCCAGCACUAUUGGGAAGCUCUGGCACGCACAGAGGGCCUAUGGCAUCGCGUCAAGUUGCAGUACACCGCCGUACGGGCUGAAUGGGACGCGGACGAGACUGCGUACUACGUCACGAUGCACGAUCAUACUGGUGAGGAGCACGUGUAUCGUGCCGACAUCCUCAUCAACGCCACCGGUAUGCUGAGUACGCCGCGGCGGAUUGAGCUUCCCGGCGCCGACAGGUUUGAGGGGACGAUCUUGCACGCGUCGGAUUGGCCUGAGGACCUGCGAGCUGAGCAGUUACGGGGCAAGAAGGUGGUCGUGGUGGGAAAUGGGUGUUCGGGAGUACAGAUUGUCGGCGAGCUCGGCGUGGAUCCGGACAUUGAGAUCACGUCGGUUGCGGAGGCUCGGCAGUGGUUCAUACCCUCGCCCAAGGAACGCCUGCUUGCCCAGUGGCGCAUGGACGCCAAGUUCUACUGGUACAAAACGAAGGAGGGGGCCAGCGACCGGCAACGCAUGGAGGAGGGUAUUGGGGCGUGGAUGCGCAAGACGUUGCCCGAGUAUAUGAGACACACUGUGCCAGAGUACUCGUUUGGGGCACGACGAUUGAUCUACGAGGACGGGUACUUUGCCGCCUUGAAUAGCGGGCACGCGCGCUUCAUCGAGGGCCGCGUGGUACGUGUUACCCCCACUGCCGCUGUAUUGGAUGACGGGCGCGAGAUACCCGCAAACUACAUUGUCCUCGCGACGGGGUUUGACGCCGAGGCGACCGCGUUGGAUGUCGUCGGCGACACGGACGCAACGAGUAACUACAAGUCGCGCUCCGACUGGACCAUGUAUCGCGGCAUUGCGAUGCCUGGUAUCCCAAACUACUUCACUGUCUUUGGGAACAACAUGUACUUGAACCAUAUCUCGGUAUCCUCCGUGUUGGAGAUCCAGGCCGCCUAUAUCGCACGCAUCAUCGCCGCCAUGCGCGACUACAGCGUCCGUAAACUCUCUGUCAAGCCCACUGCUGCGGCCGCAUACGAGGCUUGGCUUGAGGCACGCCUAAGGCUCAUGGCCGAGUAA